GUGCUUUGCGGCAGUGUGGCCCCACGGGCAGCGGCGGAAGAGGAAUCGAGAACCAAACGUUGAGCGUUCUGGCGGCGGUGGGUCUCGGAAAUUAUGGACGUAGGCGAGCUGCUGAACUACCAGCCAAACAGGGGUACAAAACGUCCCCGUGACGACGAAGAGGAGGAACUGAAGACACGCCGGAAACAAGCUGGAGCCCGAGAGCGAAGUCGCUAUAGAGAGGAGGACGGGGCAGCAGUGGAAGAAGCUGAUGAUGACAAAAAGAAGCUUCUUCAGAUGAUUGACAAGGAGGGAGAAGAGGAAGAGGAAGAGGAUGAACCACUAGAUGAAAGCUCAGUGAAGAAAAUGAUUCUCACAUUUGAGAAGAGGUCCUAUAAAAACCAAGAGCUACGCAUAAAAUUUCCAGACAAUCCUGAGAAGUUUAUGGAAUCUGAACUGGAUUUAAAUGACAUCAUUCAGGAGAUGCAUGUAGUGGCAACCAUGCCGGACCUCUAUCACUUAUUAGUGGAACUCAAUGCUGUGCAGUCUCUUCUCGGGCUGCUUGGACACGACAAUACAGAUGUGUCCAUAGCUGUGGUUGAUUUGCUGCAGGAAUUAACAGAUAUUGAUACACUCCAUGAGAGUGAAGAGGGAGCUGAGGUGCUCAUUGAUGCUCUGGUGGAUGGUCAGGUGGCAGCUUUGCUUGUUCAGAAUUUAGAGCGACUAGAUGAAUCUGUGAAAGAAGAGGCGGAUGGAGUCCAUAACACGCUGGCCAUUGUAGAAAAUAUGGCUGAGUUCCGACCAGAAAUGUGCACAGAAGCUGCCCAGCAGGGCCUCAUGCAGUGGUUGCUGAAGAGACUGAAGGCAAAAAUGCCUUUUGAUGCCAACAAGCUCUACUGCAGUGAGGUGCUAGCCAUUCUGCUCCAAGAUAAUGAUGACAACAGGGAAUUGCUUGGGGAACUGGAUGGAAUCGAUGUGCUUCUUCAGCAGUUAUCUGUAUUUAAACGGCACAAUCCUGGCACAGCAGAAGAGCAGGAAAUGAUGGAAAACUUGUUUGAUUCACUCUGCUCCUGUUUAAUGCUUAGUUCCAAUCGUGAGCGUUUCUUGAAGGGAGAAGGUCUCCAGCUGAUGAAUCUCAUGCUCAGGGAAAAGAAGAUCUCUCGAAGUAGUGCCCUGAAGGUAUUGGAUCAUGCUAUGAUUGGACCUGAGGGUACUGACAACUGCCAUAAGUUUGUUGACAUCUUAGGUUUGCGAACCAUCUUCCCUCUCUUCAUGAAAUCUCCCAAGAAAAUCAAGAAAGUAGGAACCACAGAAAAGGAACAUGAAGGACAUGGUGCGAAGAGGAGAGAUCAUUGAUGACGAUAUAGAAGAUGAAUUCUAUCUCCGUCGCCUGGAUGCUGGACUCUUUGUCCUGCAGCACAUCUGUUACAUCAUGGCAGAGAUCUGUAAUGCCAGUGUCCCUCAGAUUCGCCAAAGGGUACAUCAGAUUCUGAACAUGCGUGGAAGCUCCAUCAAGAUUGUCCGACACAUCAUCAAAGAAUAUGCAGAAAACAUUGGUGAUGGGAAGAACCAGGAAUUCCAGGAGAAUGAACAGAAGCGUAUUCUGGAACUGCUGGAGAAUUUUUAGUCCUACUCUGCUUUUCCUUUCACCCCUCAGACUGUGAGCUCCAUGUCUGCUUCUGAUCCCUUCAAACUCAAAUGCCUUUUCUAGGACACAAAUUUGAAUUUGGCUUUUGGACACAUUAAAGUUAGUUUUGGUAUU